AUGUCUUCCAAAUCUGUUUUUGUCUGUGGCGCGACUGGUACCCAAGGUGGCGCCUUAACAAAUCAACUCCUCGACAAAGGCAUCAACGUUAAUGCCAUCACCAGGGACAUCAACUCCUCCCAAGCCCAGCACCUGAUCUCGCGAGGUGUCUCCCUUACCCAGGGCGAUUUUGACGACGAAGAAUGCCUAAAGCAUGCCAUGGCCAAUUGUACCAGUUUCUUCCUCAAUCUCCCACCCGACUUUACCAAACCCACCGGCGAACUUGAUCAAGCUCGAAAAAUUCUCUCAGUCGCCAAGCAGUCUGGUGUCAGACACGUCAUCUACACCAGUGCUUUGGGAGCCAACAAUCCCGAGCAACUACCUCACUGGACCCCCUCCGGCCUGAUAGGCAUGCUUCUCCUCAGCAAGCAGGCCAUCGAGAAAGAAGUCAAAGCCGCCGGAUUCGAAACAUGGACCAUCUUGCGUCCUGGAAACUUCAUGUCAAAUUUCCUUGACCCACUGGUUCGGAUGUAUCAAGGCCUAGUUGAAACGAGGAAAUUUACCACUGCCUUUCUUCCACAGACUAUUCUACCUAUGAUUGAUCCAAACGAUAUUGGCAAAUUUGCCGCUGCUGCCAUUGUCGAGCCUUCGAAGUUUAACCAUCGGGAAGUUGAGACUGUAUCCCAGAUGAUGACAGUCGAGGAUCUGGUGAAGGAUUUGUCGAUGGCCACUGGGAAGGAUAUUGAAAUGUGUUUCUUGUCCGAGGAGGAUAUCGCUGCCCAGCUUCCUACAAAUCCAGUCUUGGGUCCUCAAAAGGUUAUGCGCGACAUGUCGUUGCUUGUUGAUAUGGAAUAUGUGCGAAGUUGGGGAAUUAAGCUGGAGACUUUCGCUGGAUUUUUGGAGCGAGAGAAGCAGCGGGUGGAUAUGACAUACAUGUAA